AUGAGCCGCGUGUCUUUGCAGCGGCGACCACAUUCGUCGGCGCCAGGCGAGGUGAACGGCGUCGGUGCACCUGUGCCUCCAAAUGUGCGUCAUGCGCCACCUCGCCGCAGGGCGUCGGCAUGCUCGUUGUCAGCGGCGUACUUCCCGACGCAGGCGAGCCUGUUUCGCGACUCGUACGGCCUUCCUUUGACCUGUGCUGCAGUGUCAAGUGGGCACUCCUAUCAGUCCCCGCACACCCGGCUGCAUGCCUACGCGAACGGCGGAAGCCGAGGCGUCAGCCCGCGCUACCACGACGUAACGUGUAGCCCCGGUGCCCGGCGGCCGCCACCACCUCCACGGCGGGCAGUCACGGCAGGAGCAUCCGCAGGACGAUCUCGCGCCGCGAAUGGAAGCGGUGCCGCGGACGCGGUUGUGUUUCAGUACUACUCGCAGCAGCGCCGAAAGCGAGGGCAGCUGCGGUCUCAGUCUUCUCUCCACGACUUUGAGGUCGUUGCCACACCAGUGGGCCGGCAGUCAUCCACGUCGAGCGGCGGUGGCUAUUCCGCACCUGCAACACCGGCUGGUGGGAACGCAGAGGCCUCAUCUCUCCCGCUGCCCUCUCGCUGUACCAGCCGCCCCCCUGCGCACGAUCGUGACGCGGGCAUCCACGCGCGCUUGAAUCGCCCACCCUCAGCGUCACCAUUGUCUAUGGAGCAAGAGAGCGUUAUCCACGACACGUCGACCUCGCUGAUUCCUCUCAUGCCGCCGAUGGACGAGGGCAGCUGGCCUGUGCAGCUUUCUCCUUCUCAGCACCAGCAGUGCGAAGCGAUGGUGCGGCUGCUGGCACAGCUCCCAGCGGCGCAGGCGCACCGCGUCCUUCUCGCUGCGAUCCGCCAGUACGAGGCACAGCGCUUGCUCCAGUACUACGGUGGCGUGCAUGCAUUGCCUGGGACUGAUAGCUCCCCGCGGGUGAUGCCACGAACCCCGUCAAUAUCAUCGCUGGCAUCGUCCCCCGUCAAGGUGCCGUCAGCAAGGCGGCACGACGACGGCCGGUCCGCUCUCUUUGAGGCACUGCGAGCACGCCUCGAUGACAUGCAACGCGCCGAUCUGGCUGCACAGGCCCUCGCGCCUUUCGCCGCGGCAUCCAGUCACUGGCAGCGGUGGGGCGGCAGCCGAGCGGACAGACCGGCAAGUGGGCAGUCGCAUGUCAGCCGCUUCAUCAGGGCCAGCCCGCCCACCAUUUCCCCUCCCACAGCGGCGCGACGCCCGUACCCGGUGCGCCGACAAACGCCGCAAGACAGUGCAGUAAGGCAGCGCCCCGACUCCGUCGACGCCCGCGCACCGCGGCAGCUCCGCAGUCGUGUUCUGGCGAGUCGCGUUGCCAAACCGCGCACCCGAAACCCCGAGCAGGGAUGCCGUAGGGGCAAGAAUGGUGCUGCGCUUCGUGACGCGUCGGCUUCAUCGCAGAGCCACUCUACGCCGCUGCAGCAACAGCAGCACGACUUCAUGAAGACGAUCAAGCCCCCGCAUCGCCAUGGGUUGGCUGGAGCAGUGUUGGUGGAACCCGGCGCUCCUGCUGAGGCAGCACCUGUGGCCCAUGACCGUGAUUCUGGUGGUCGUGUUGGUAUGCCACCAGGUGCACAGGUAACAGCAGUCUCAGGGUGCUUCAAAGAGGCGAGAGAGCAGGGCCUGUACAAGCCCGCAUCGACGGCGAAGCGCAACGACGGCUCGCUGCCACCGCCCUUGCUCGCUUUCACCGUUGCUGACGAGGACAUGCCUGACGCCAGUGUCGGUUGGCCCCUCGCCGAAGGCACCGCUCUCUCUCCUGGGGCCGCUGCGGCAAGGCGGGCAUACUUGGAGCAACAGCAGAAGGAACAGGAGCAGCGACAGCGAUCUUCGUCUCUCUCAAGGCCUAGCGGGGGUGCGGAUGACGGGGAGCAGUCGGAGCCGCUGCUGGAACGUGUGCGGCGCUCGCAUGUCACACAUAACGAUAGCGACGCAGCGUGCCGCUAUCCGGGAAGCAGUCCAGAGGAUUGCUUUGGGUCCAACUCUGGCAAACGCGGCGCGGCCUCGCCAGGCAGCGUCUCCCUCGAAGACUCGGUGCAGCGGAGCGAGGGGCUGAGAGGCUCCUCGGUGCCGAGUGUGAUCUCAGCACCUCUGACGGGGGCUUUAGCGACCCCGCCGCCGCCGAAACAGAUGCCUGGCGUGCGUGUGCCCACGCGAGCGGUGACGGUGGACUCAGCAGGCGAGUCCGCAGUCUUCAUCACAGAUUUCACUGGCGCAUCGACAUCGGCGCUGUGUGAUCCCAAGGCGCGGCCCCACGAUGGCAAGGGGAGCGACGACGCUGGCACACCGGGUGCGCCACCAUCCAACGGCGGCGCAUUUUGGGGGGAAGGCUACGCGACUGCGGAGGUGGGUGGCUCCUCGGAGUUGGACGGACAGAAUCGAUAUCACGAGGGUGGCAGCGGUGCUGACCACUCCACGCCGCCACUCCAAGGCAAACGUGCGGAGGGACUCGAUGGCCAGUACCUGUUCUCCUCUGCGGCCCAGUUUGAAGAUAGCAUCAUCACUGCUUCCUCGAUCAGUUCAGAGCCUUUCUUGCCAGAACAAGCUGCCGACAACAACUGCGACGGGGUGACAGCACUGACGGUUCACUCUGCCAGUAGGUCGGCAGCCGCAAGAUCACGGGCAGCCAACAAGUCGUCUGACGAGCUCUUGCUUCCCUGGGAAAUCUAG